AGAGGCAAAAUGGCUUCCAGCUUCGAGGUCACGGACAGAGGUCACUCCAAGGUUCUCCUUCACGAACUGAAUGAGCAGCGAAUACAAGGCAUCUUCUGUGAUGUGACCAUCGUGGUGCAAGACAGCAAGUUCAAAGCCCAUAAGAACAUCCUUGCCGCUUUCAGCCGUUACUUCAAGGAGCUGUUGGCCAACCAGAGCCUUUGGGUCAUGGACCCCGUGCUGGAGCUGAGGGAGAUGAAGGCCGAAAUCUUCGCCAAGAUCCUCAACUUCAUCUACAGUUCCAGAGUGGUGAUCGAGAGGCUGGAGGAGGCCAACGACUUAGCGAGUGCAGGGCAUCGGCUGGGAAUACACUUGCUGAAAGAUCUGCUGGAGGUGUCUUCACAGACGAGAGCCUGCAACGACAGACUGACCCCCCCCUCUGCACAGUCUUCUCUCUCUCAAUUGUCUGACUUCCCUCAGAUCCCUCAAGGCCCCAAAGAGGACAAUCAGGACUGUACCGGCGGAGAGAGUUUCGAGGAUGACAUUGCCCCACUCAGGCUGUGGCCGGCAAACUCAUUGUUCACCUCGAAAGCUUUGGCGGGCCCCUCCCUCCCCAUUGACCUGACAGCAACCACCAGCUGGAGGCCCAGCGAUGCGGAGAGGCCUGCCCCUCCCCCUCCCCCUCCCCCUCCCCCCACCUAUCAUCCCCAAACUCCGUCCAGUCGGCCAGAAAGCACCGGGAGCCAUCUCUUGGAACGUUCCAGCACCGUAAGCUCCGAGCCGGAGGAUGGAGGGACUCCGCUGUGCCCAGACGGCGAUGAGUCCUGCGCCGAGGAAGGCACCCAGCUGAGCGACCUCUUCCAGGCGGACUUCUUAAAGGGGCCAACGCAGGACCCAACCGAGGAGGCAAACGAGGCGGCGAAGAGGCUUUACACCCUGAGCACCGUGGCGUUCAGAGGGUUGGGUUUCAACGUGGAGGAUUCGGCCAACUCCGGUGUCCCCCCAGCCAAAGAGCCAGCGGUGGCCUUGGCCGGGCCUGACACAACCUGGGCCCCGCCGCCGGUCGGCGGCUCACCAGAGGAGGAGGUGGUGGAGAGCGCCAGAGCCACCUCUGCCGACGCUGCGGCCACUGCCGACUACCCGCCCAGCCUCCUCCCGUGCGGGCUCUGCACCCGUUCCUUCAGCACCCCCUCAGCCUUGAGCCUGCACGGCAAACUCCACCGGGCCGGCAGGGCCCUGAGCUGCCGCUACUGCCACAAGCCCUUCAUCCACGUCAAGCGGCUGCACACCCACCAGAUGCUGUGCCGACGAGCGGACCGGGCCCCCUCCCCCCACUCCCCCUCCCCCCCCCACCACCUCGCCGCCGCCGCCGCCGCCGCCGCCGGGGGUCUCCCCUCCCCGGACGACCCCGGCGCGGACUCCGCCCAGCCCCCCGAGCCGACGCCGGCUGACGGCGGGGCGGGGAAAGCCCGGGCCCUGCCCAGGAUGGACGUCCUGACCGAGGAGGAGCAUUUCAUGAAGGUGGUGGACGGGCACCUGCUCUACUUCUGCGCCGUCUGCGAGCGCUCCUACGUCACCCUCUCCAGCCUCAAGCGCCACGCCAACGUCCACUCCUGGCGCCGGAAGUACCCCUGCCGUUACUGCGACAAGGUCUUUGCCCUAGCGGAGUACCGGACCAAACACGAGGUGUGGCACACAGGGGAGCGGAGGUACCAGUGCAUCUUCUGCUGGGAGACCUUUGUGACCUACUACAACCUGAAAACACAUCAAAAAUCCUUCCACGGAGUGGACCCUGGACUCACCAUCAGCCAGAAGACCCCAAACGGGGGCUACAAACCAAAGCUCAAUGCUUUUAAGCUGUAUCGGCUGCUCCCCAUGAGGUCGCAGAAACGGCCCUACAAAACGUACAGUCACUCCGUCUCCGACGAGCUGCUCAACUACGCCCAGAACGUUCCGCUGUCCUUACCCACCGACGACCCCCCCAGCAAUGACUUGACCGCUUUGCCCCGGGCUUCGCCAGCCAAAUAUGCCCAGGAGGAGAGCCAAGCCGCAGGCUCGCAGAGCCCCAAGGGACCAGCCACCCCCCCGGCCCAGGACCCACUCCGGGGGCCGGCUGACCGCCGGGCCUCUCCGGCCGGAAGCCCGCCGCCGGGGGCCCACCUCGGGGGCCGGGCCACGCCGGGCGAGGGGGACGCGACCCUUGCCCGGCCCCCCUCGGCCUUCUCCAGCUCGGAGGUGGCGGCGCCGGUCCCCUCCGUCAUCACCUACGGUCACCCAGCCUCCUCUGUCAUCGUGCACAGCAACGCCCUGCUACCAGCGAUCGCCCACCGCAACCAGUCCUCGGUCAUCGCCUACAAUGGCAAGUGCACCCCAGGGCAGGGAGCCGGCGACCCGUCACCCGCUUGCCCGGCAAAGAGGCACACCUCGAAGGACGACACCCAGCAACCGGAAAGACCCUCCAGUGCCUGUGUAGCCACCAACCAAAGACACAACCACCACAAGGAGCCCAGAGGUCAGAAGCCAAAGAAACACUUCCUGCCGGCCAAGGGCAAGACCAUGACCUACGUGGCCAAGCCGGCGUGUGCGGGCACCACCUCCGAGAGCCGGGGCGCCCCCCUGUGCCAGAUCACCAUGCGCAUUGGCGAGGAGGCCAUUGUCAAGAGGAGGAUCUCGGAGUCGGACCUGAUCCGAGACAAGGGCGGCAAGGGGAAGAGGUGCGACGAUCCUCAGGCCGGGGGGAAGAGGAAUUGCAAGGAGGGGCCGGAGGGGGAGGCCCAGCAGAAGGCCGAAUACUUCCUGGGCAACGAGUCGGGGGACGAGGUCAGCGACAACGACACGGACGACAACCUCUGGCGGCCAUACUACUCAUACAAGCCCAAGAAGAGGGCCGGGGGCUUCCACAAGGCAAAGAAAUCGGGCUGGAGGAGGAAGCUCCGAUACCGACACUCCCCUCGCUGGCUCCAGAGGGCGGCCAAAGGCCCGGAUCGCGAGCUGGUGCUGGAAGCCAUGGACGGCCGUUCUCAGGAGCCGCGGCUGGAUGAAGACAGCGCCAAGGAGCCGGAAGACCCCGUCCGCAUCGGCUGCUCCUCCUGCCCCGAGACCUUCUCCGAGCGCCCGCCGCUGCGGCAGCACCGGUGGCGUGACGAAACCAGGAGGGUUUACGCCUGCUCCACCUGCGGGAAAGAGUUCUCGGCGCUCCGGAACCUGGAGAAGCACGAGGAGGCCCACCUGGUCCCCGCUGAGUUCGGCUGCCGCUCCUGCAGCAGGGUCUUCACCUUGGCCAAGACCCUGAGGAAACACGAGAAGACGCACAGCGGCCAGAAGCUCUGGCCCCCUCCGCCCCCGGCCCCCCAGCGCCCCGGAGAAGCCCCCAAGCCCCCCCGCCACGCCGGCGGCAGGAAACCGCCCGGCUGCCACGCUUGCGCCCACUGCUCGAAAACCUGCAAGACCGCGGCGGCGCUGGCAAGACACCAGAAGAGGCACCGGGCAGAGGAGAGGUCGGGGGCGCCGCCGGCGUUGAGCCAAGCGCCGAGGCAGGGGCCAGAUGGAGGCUCGCCAGAGCCCGUCGGUCAGCCGGACGGAACGGCCAGGGUCGCCCACCGCCCGAUGCCCCCCGAGGGGGAGGAGGACGCCCGCCCGGCGCCGGGGGGCGGAACUGGGGUCGCCGAGCUGCCCAGCACAGGGGCCGGGGAGAGCGUUGAGCCGCUCCAGCGAGAUGACCGCCCGCCGACCGGGCCGGCUUACGCCCGGGGCUGCGCCGGGGAGCGGAGCCCCCAGGGGACCGGGAUGUGCCCGCCGGGAGACGCCCCCUCCAUCUCCGCCCCGGACCCCGCGCGCCCCCCCGGGGCCGGAGGGGGAGAGGCCCCGGGUCGGGAAGCGAUGCCGCCGAUGCUGAUCCUGCGGGGUGGGGGGGAGCCCUGCACGGCCGACCCGCCGGAGGCCAGGAUGCCCUUCGCCAACGGCGGUGCCUCCGAGGACCGGGCGCAGGAGGUGCACCUGCCGCCCUCGCGGGAGCCCCCCCUGGGCGCCGGCGGUGUCCGCUCGCCCGCCGUGGAGCCCAGCCGCGACGGGACUUGUGACCAGGACGCCGAGGAGGAGGUCUCGCCGCUGCCGGAGCCUGGGGGAGAGGCCCGGGACUUCCACACGCUGGAGCCCAUGGUCCACCAGGAGGUCACCGGCUUCCGGGAGGGCGAGCAGGGGCUGGAGGCCGCCCGGGACUCGGAAUACCCGGUCCAGGAGUACCCGAUACCGUUGAUCACCAGCGGGAACUGUCGCUCGCACACCGAGCUCGGGAGCAAGGGUCUCGCCUUCCGCCCGGGCACCAUUCGGCUGAAGGAAGGGCACGAAGACCUGAGCAAGGUGGCCUUCUACCAAGACCCGUACCAGCUGGUGUACGGGCACCAGCUGCUGACCAGCGCCUACCCCUACAACUUCACCCACGUCUCGCCGCUCCCCAUGGCCCUCAACAUGGUCAUCAGGGACGAGAAGGGGCAGCAGCUGCCUCUCCUGCACAGGAUGUUCGUCUACCCCACCCCCUGCCGGGACGAGGCCGCUCCCCUCCCCCCUCCGCCCCCUCCCCCCCUGGGCGCCGGCGGCAACGGGAACCGCGACGACGCAGGCCGGGAGCUGGUGGCGGGGGAGAAGGGUGCCUCGAUGUACUGA